AUGGUCCUCGCGCAUUCCCUGCGUGACAAUGGUACCAAAGCAAAAUUGAUCGCCCUUUAUACCCCUGAGCGGUUACGUGCCGCUACGAUCAAUGAAUUGAAGACACUUUACGAUGAAUUGAUCCCGGUCUCUCCGCUCGUCAAUGGCACGCCCGCAAAUCUCUGGCUGAUGGACAGGCCAGACCUGAUCUCUACAUUCACAAAGAUUGAGUUGUGGCGUCUCACCCAAUUCGAAAGGAUCGUCUACAUUGACUGCGAUGUGGUGGCCAUUCGCGCUCCGGACGAGCUUCUGUCCCUCAAUGUAGACUUUGCCGCUGCUCCCGAUGUCGGCUGGCCGGACUGCUUCAAUAGCGGAAUGAUGGUCUUCCGUCCGAAUCUGAAAGAUUACUACGCACUGAAGGCGCUGGCCGAUCGAGGAAUCAGUUUCGAUGGCGCCGAUCAGGGCUUGCUCAACAUGCAUUUCCGGGAUUGGCAUCGAUUGAGCUUCACGUAUAAUUGUACACCGAGCGCAAACUACCAGUACAUUCCUGCCUACAAGCAUUUUCAACGUGCCAUCAGUCUGAUUCACUUCAUCGGCGCGCAGAAGCCAUGGACUCUGCCGCGUCAGAUGGUGCCCUUGGAGUCGCCGUAUAAUCAACUAUUGAGACAUUGGUGGUCCGUCUAUGAUAGGCACUACCGUCCGUCAUCUGUAGGUAUUCAAGCCAGAUCCUGCCUGUGGUCUCAGAAGCUGAUUAUCCUUCCCUCUGCAGGCAGCCACGUUCCCUUAGGUCCCCGCAGAUCACGGUCAAGUCAGUCGCUGAAGAAGGUGCAUUUUGAAGAUACCUCCAAAGAAACAGGUGGCGGCGAUAGGACGGGCCCGUGGAGCAUUCCGACGUCUGGGGAUCAUCACGGAGAAGGUCCUCAGAAUACCGCUCAAUCGCUCGACUCGCGAGAAGCUCAGCCGGUGUCUCACGGCCCAGCAGUGCGCCAAGAGCCAGAAACUACCAGCCAGCAACAUGUCGACAGCUCUUCUGCUUCGCCGAGUUCUUUCUCUGUGACCCAAGAGAGUCGUCCUCCGAUAACUCCAGUACUCAGUGCCGUGCCCCAGUAUGUGCGUGGAGAGGAGCAUGUCUCAGCUUAUUUACCAUCCACCGGCCAUGCACAAACAUCUACAGAUUCGCCAAAGACAGCUCCAGAUCCCCCACGCCAGCUUUCGCAGCAAGGACCUAGGCCACACGAGACGCCUUCGCAGCUCCACGGAGCCCCUGCCCCCAUGCACCAUCCGCAGCCAGUGUCGCCUAUGAGACAGCUACAGGAGCCACGCCAACCUUCUCCUCCCCCAGAGCCAGAAGUCCCAGCGUUCGAAGCACCAAAGGCAGAGUGGGAUGCCUCAAGGGAGCCACCCCCUCGUGAUUCCAAGCCAGAAGCAGCCAAUCUCCAGCAUCAGACGUACAGCAUGUCCGAAGAUACGACGCUCUUUAGACCGCCGCCUUCGUACCCUGAGGCGCCGAAGAAUAUGUAUUACCAGGUUCCCCCGACCAAGCCAGAGCCUCAGCGUUUGACGAAAAUAUUCCCUUGGGAGAGUCAUGCGCCGAAACCGACUCGUGUCUUUGCAGCCGAGCCGUCGCUUCCUCUAAGCUCACCUCCCAACGAGCCGCAGCCGACCAAGUCUCCUUCGCCACCCGUGGGCUUGCCCCUACGGGCUCCAUACGAGCCCUCGGCCGAAACUUGGGACGCUUACAGUCGCUCGAAUGCUUGGGAUGAGGAUCCUGAUAUCCAACGUUACAUAGCCUCCAUCCAGCAGCCCCGACGUGCACGCACACAGGUAUUAUCUGGCUCGAGUCAGGCCAGCACGAGCUCUCAGACGAGCAGAAAUCAGACAAGAUCCUUUGCAACCACGAUCACAGAGCCCGAUUAUGACCAACGACCCAGUGUUAUUCUCACCAACAUGCCCAGCGAGGUCGAACGGCCGGUGCUCCCCGUGACACCAGCGCCCAUUGAGCGUCGAGGCUAUAUCGGAGACGAUGAAAAGGAGGCGCCCGAUUCGGACGCUCUUCCGGCUGCCGCGGGAGUCCCCGACCAGCAGGACUGGAAUCCUCUAGCCAGCCUGGAAGAAUUACGCCGCCGACAGUCCGAAGUGUUGGAGCAUCCUGAGCGAUUUCAGGAAAGACUUGCAUCAGCCACGAGUGAGCAACGCUCCGUGUCUUUCAAGGACCAAUAA